AUGUUUUUCCUUUUUUGGGUUCUCAGAUGUUGUUUGUGCAUGUGCAUUUAUAUGCUGUUUAGCAUGUUUGGAUUUUUUGUUCUUUGCAAUUCGUGUUUUUUUUCCAGUUUUUUCUGAACUUUGACCUCAUUCUGUGGAUAGCUUGGUUGGUGGUCGUGUAUCCCUUGCCUCUUUGUGAUAAUGAGCAGUGGGGUGAGAGGAAGUUUGAUGGAAAAUAGUAUGUAAAGUUUGUGCAAGCUAUAACUUUUAAGAUUCUGUGUUGCCUAGAUUUUGAAUUUGGGAUGGAUGAAGUUUCUGGGAGUGCAGCUUUCAUUGUUUUGAAAUUUGGGUGGAGGGUGAAUUUGUACUUUAGGAGCGAUAAUUCAUAUCACUAUGGUGAAAAAGUUUGUAGAUAUCUGUGACUUAAUUUGAAGCCUGAUAUAUGAUUUAUUCUAUGAAAGUUUAAAAAGAUAAUUAAAUGGAUGGAAUGAAUCUUCAUAAGAAGUAUACCUCCCGUUUAUUAGAAAGAUGGAUAUUCUAUUGGCAUAAGUUUUUAACCAUUAGCCUUUCCUCAUCUCCUGAUGUGGCAUCAAUGAUUGGGAUGUGAGUGAAAAAUAACAAAAUCUUUCAAUCAUUUGAUGCCACUUGAAAGGAUGAUGAAAGGCUUAUCAUUAAGGAUUAACGCUGCAUACUACACUCUCAUCCCACUUUCAUCCUACAAUGUAAAUGUGUCACUUUCAUCACUCCAAGAUCAACCUUUAUUUUUUAAAAAGGAAAAUUCAAAGGCUGAUGGGCAAUGCUAACUGAUCAUAGUGCGAUGAGAGUGUGGUAUGUAGAAUUUUUCAUCAUUUUUUUUUAUAAGUAAGAAGAUAUUUUAUUGAUAUUUCAUAAGCCUUUUCAUCAUUAAAAGGCUUAUGAGCAACAUUUAUCUUAAUAAUUAUGAUCGUGCACAUCAAAGGCUCUGUUUGUACACAUAAGGUUUGAAUCCAACUGUCGAUGGUAUGACAUGCAAUCUGGUAGGAAAUCCAAAGGAGUAAUUGGUAUUUUGGUGAUUGUUUGAGAUAAAACCAAUGCAGUGACUUCAUGCUACAAUUCCAACUUUUUGACAAGCUGUCUUUGUCAUCCUCAAAUUUUAAUUAUGAACUAACCAUUUUGCACUCUUCAUUACUUAUAAUCCUGCAUUUCUGCACAUUUUAUAGGUGAUAUUGAUUAUCUCGAUUGAUUAAAAUCUAUGUCCCAUAGAUCUAUAGGGUAUAACUGAUGUUCAUACAAUGUAAUGGCUGAAAAAAAUGGAAAAACAUGUAUGCAUAAUUAUGUAAACUUUGGACCAUGCAACCCCAAUGAUGACAUGUCAUGAUUACAAGUGGAAGGACCAGUUCCCAUUCACUAGAAUGGGAACUAAUAGACAGGUUGCUUCUGCUGACAAGUUCCACGGUGGUUAAACUCAUCUACCGAGUUGAAGAUCUUUUUGACCCCCUCUCGUCUUAAGAUGGAAGCACAAUUCGUGAAAUCUCGCUCUGGGAGAGGCAAGUAUAUCAUGUUCGCAGCCAGAGAAUGGGUUUCCCAAUUCAUUUUCUCUCUUCUCGGAGAAGGAAAUUGAUGAACUUCUUCAACCUUCAGUUCAGGGAUCUGAUGACCACCUUAUUGAGUUCUCAGAAGCUAUGAGAACUGUUGCAAAGGCCUUAAGACGUGCUGCUGAGGGAAAGGCUUCUGCUCAAGCUGAGGCAGCUGAAUGGAAGCGUAAAUAUGAACUCGAGAGAGCACGUAAUCUGCUGGAGUUUAAAGAGAAGUCACCUGGAGAGCAUGGUGGUGAUUUUGAUAAUGCAACAAUGGGGAACUUGGUUAACCAAUCAGCAUGGUGCAAAGAAGUAAAUGAUCAAUUUGAAAAGCAUAACGGGAGGAAUGGAAUUUGCUCCCAUGAAGUUCUUCAGGAUGGGGAACCUGUUUCUGAUUCCCAAAUGAUUGGAAAGGCUUCAUUUAAACUUUCAUGGUGCUGCAAAGGUGAACAAAGUGAUCAGCACAAACAUGAUAUUGUCUCUUUUGAAAGAGGCAAUAUAACUACUGCAGAACGCAGCAGUAAGCAGAUCUCUUUAAGGUGGGAAUCAGACCCGCGAACUGUGCUCGUUUUGACCAAACCAAAUUCAAUUUCUGUUCGAAUUCUGUGUGCAGAAAUGGUCAGAUGGUUGAGAGAGCAGAAAAAGUUGGCAAUAUAUGUUGAGCCACGCGUACGAGUUGAACUUCUAACAGAGUCAUCUUACUUCAAUUUUGUACAAACGUGGAAAGAUGAGAAGGAAAUUUCACUCCUGCAUACGAAAGUUGACCUUGUAGCAACUCUUGGUGGGGAUGGAACGGUCCUUUGGGCAGCAUCCAUGUUCAAAGGACCGGUUCCUCCAAUUGUUCCAUUUUCCUUAGGGUCUCUUGGCUUUAUGACCCCUUUCCACACUGAACAUUACAGAGAAUGCCUUGACUCUGUUUUAAAGGGUCCAAUUAGUAUCACAUUACGGCACCGUUUGCAGUGCCACGUUAUUAGGGAUGCAGCCAAAAAUGAGUAUGAAACUGAAGAACCAAUACUUGUUUUGAAUGAGGUUACAAUUGAUCGUGGAAUAUCGUCAUACCUCACAAAUUUGGAAUGCUAUUGCGAUGACUCCUUUGUCACUUCUGUGCAAGGGGAUGGGUUAAUUUUAUCGACAACCUCUGGCAGUACCGCAUAUUCAUUGGCAGCUGGAGGAUCAAUGGUCCAUCCACAGGUCCCUGGCAUCCUUUUUACACCAAUUUGCCCACAUUCAUUAUCCUUUCGGCCUCUGAUAUUACCUGAGCAUGUGACAUUGCGAGUGCAAAUACCUUUCAAUAGCAGAAGCCACGCGUGGGCAUCAUUUGAUGGUAAGGACAGGAAACAGCUUGCCCCAGGAGACGCUCUUGUGUGCAGCAUGGCACCUUGGCCUGUGCCUACAGCUUGUCUGGUUGAUUCCACUGGUGAUUUCUUACGCAGCAUCCAUGAGGGCCUUCACUGGAAUCUAAGAAAGGUCCAGUCUUUUGAUGGUCCCCGUUCAUAACUUCCUUUCUCACCUUUAGUUUUUUACUGAUAAAGGAAAGCAUUUCUAGAGAGUAUUUACUUAUUUUCGAAUGCACACUGCUUAAUGUCAACAUAGGAGGGACCAAGGGGAAUCUGAUUUAAUUUUUUUCCUCUUUUCUUAUUGUUCUUCCCCCAUUAUGAAUGGGGCACUUGAUGUGUAAUAUGCAAUUAGAAUCAUCGGAUGUCUGCCUAUGAUAUGAGAAACAGGCAUAGAUGAUGUUUAUGAUAAGAUCAUUAUUAUAGUUGUCAAAGAAAUUAAAUUUGUAAAGCUACAACUGUUUUACCUAAUGAAUAAAUACAAGAAAAUCAAAUUGUUAAA